CAACGUUUAAAAGCUCAUCAAUAGCUCUGACUGAUAGAUUGGUAAUGCAGGCGAUUCACCAGCCUCUGAUACCGGAGACGGGGAUCCGACAUAGCUUGUUCCUCGAGCACUUUACGCCUUCUACCAUCUACCCUUACCCUCAACCGGCUUGGGUGAGACGGUACGGCCUUUCGAGCUCGGACGACCCCGAUGGACCCCGGAUCAAGAUCACAGGGAAUUUGAUCGUCGCUGGAGGCUCUGAGCUCAGAGUUUUCGAGGUUAGGGAGGAACCGGUUUUGCUGGGCGAGCAGAAUGGACAGGAUUCAGGAGAACAGCUGGGUGGGCAGAAUGAACGGAUACAGGAUGAUCAGCAAAUGGACGCAGAUAUUGGGGACGAUGAGGGAUUCAGAAAUAUGGCUACUUCAGGAGUGACAGAGAAAGCUCAGGGUAACCGCACCAGGCUGCAGUUACACUUGGUUUACCAGACCACACUACAUGGCUCGGUGACCGGAUUAGCGGGUAUUCGGACGAUGAGUAGUCUAGAGGAUGGACUUGAUAGGCUCUUGAUCAGCUUCAGGGACGCCAAGCUGGCCCUGCUCGAAUGGUCUCGUGGAGAGGUCGCCACAGUCUCCUUGCACACGUACGAACGUUGCCCUCAAGUGAUGUACGGCGACGUCGAUGCCCAUCGACCGUUGUUACGGACGGAUCCCAACAACAAGCUGGCAGCGUUAUCUUUGCCCUCGAAUGCCCUUGCGAUGUUGCCGAUCGUACAGGAUCUCAUGGAUACCGAAGCUGCCGAGGCUGCUUAUGGAAAAGACGUUCCAUAUAUGCCAAGCUUCGUGCUGCCACUCGAGGACAUGUCAACAUCUCUCUGUAAUGUCAAGGACUUUUUAUUCCUGCCCGGAUUCAACAACCCAACUAUCGCUUUCCUCUACGAACCGAAACCGACCUGGACAGGGAGGUUGCAAAGUCACAAGGAUACCUAUCACCUCGAGAUUAGGACGCUGGACGUCCUAUCGAAGACGUAUGCCUCUUUGAGCAGUAUCUCGGGACUACCAUCGGACUGCCAAUACAUGCUUGCCUGUGCAACCUCGAUAGGUGGUGUCAUCGUCGUGACCUCGACAGCGAUCAUCCACGUGGACCAGAGCGGCCGACGAGUCGCUACGAGCGUCAACGGAUGGUAUGACAUGAUCACGGCUCUCCCAGCCGAUCGUAGCGAGGAAGAGCGAAGAGUGGAGCUGGACGGAUCAGGAGCUGUGUGGAUGGACGACAAGAACCUCUUGUUGAGUUUACGUGGUGGAAACACUAUGCAAAUCAGACUCGAGUUGGAAGGGCGAGCCGUACACAAACUGUCGCUGCUGGGCCACAAUGUCGGUAACAUCACAUCGUUGGCUGACAUCAUCAAGAUCGGCAGCCGGGGAGUCUUUGUGGCAUCAGUUGUCGGUGACUCUGAGCUCUAUCAGAUCGAGCUAGAGCAAUACAAAGUAGAGGCCGCAGAGCAGCUUGACAGCAAGUCAGAAAAUGAUCUUGACAUGGACCUAGAUGAGGAUCUUUAUGGCGAAUCCACAAUCAAGCAGGAUAUCAAUGGCGCAAGACCCGAAGAGACUGCGACUCGCGCCCUGCUGCGACGGGAUCAUACGCUUCCUGGGUUUGGCUAUGUGGUCGAUGCAUGCCUCGGCAUGGAUCGCAGUGAAGUGAACGAGGUCAUUCCCGAGUUGGCCAUGCUGCACGGGGGAGACAGUAUCUCACGAGUGGACUUGUGCAGGCCGGGUCUUGGCCUUAAACGACGACGCAAACUAGCAGACACGAUCGAAUGUGCCGGUCUAUGGUGCGUGCGAAGCCCGGGUAUCAGGCCGUAUGCACCUACCGGUGCCGCAUUCCAGACGAGUGGACUGUUCUUGUCUGCAGAAUCGGAUUCUACCGAGUUGCUGGCUUUACAAUCUGAGGAGAACGGAUUCGAACUUGUGAAGAAGUUUCCGGGAACGACGGUGGCGGCUGGUCCGAUGUUCGGUGGAACGAGUUUCAUUCGAGUUUCGCCUCAGAAUAUGACCCUGGUCAGCCAAGACGGCGAGAUACAGCAGACACACUGCGAAAUUGAAGACGGCGAUUUACUCAAUUCAGCCUCCAUUCUGGAGCCAUAUGUGGCUGUAAGAACAAAUGCCGGACGUGUAUCCGUGUUUCACGGGGAAGCAUCCACCAUGGAACUGAAACAGCUGUAUCGCCCUCCGGAUGGAGAACCGCUGGAAGACGCUUUGGCUGUCUGCGUCAUAUCGGACGAAUCAGGCGUAUUCCGAACGUUUGAUCCCAGCACAGGGAAGCAGACGGAGCCGAAAUCUGCAAAAAGCCAGAUGACAAACGCCAAGUCGGGCAAUCGCAUGCAGCUUACGUCGGAGCAACUCGCCAGGCUCCAGGAAGCAAAGCCGUCUAUAAGCACGACAAUCGAAAACGAUCUGGAAGCUACAGUGGGGAUCAACAGAGGCUCCCAUUGGCUAUGUGCCGUUACCAAGACUGGUCGUCUAGAGAUCCGAACUUUACCAGAACUCGGUCUGGUAUUCGCGUCUGAUGGCAUAUUAGAUGCGUCGAUGGCUCUUUUGGACGAUGCUCUUGACAAGGAAGACGCCCCGAUGCACGCUAUGGGUGUCAACAACGAAGAAGCCGAUGAGGAGGACCUCGUCCAGGGAAUCGCGUUUGCAACUCUGGGUCGCAAUGGGACAAAGCCCCACCUCAUGGUCAUGCACAACAACGAUCAAUUAGCGAUCUACGAAGCCACCCCUCGAUUUACCCUCGAGAACCUUGGCACGGACAUGUCCCGGAGGUCGCUUGCCGUUCGCUUCCGCAAGGUGCUCACUAAGGUCGUAUCGCGCGGGCGAUUGCCUCGACGAUUGAUCCCUCUGUCAAUGUCAGACUUGUCGGGUGUGUUUGUGACGGGUUCUUCGCCCUUUUGGAUCCUGGCGGACACCACAACCUCAGUCAAGACACUUCCCCAUGGAGCGCCAGUACGGCAUCUGUGCGAUUUAGCCCCCGGCGGUCCCGCUUCAAGAGCCUCCUUCUUGGUGGCGGACGCCGAAGGACUUCACGCCUUGAUUCUGCCUAGCUCGUUGGACAUAAGACCACCUUUGACCACCGAAAGAGUUCAGGCGGAAAGAAGCUACACUCACUUGGUCCACGACGUUAGGUCGAGCUGCUACAUUGGCGCAUCCGCUUUGACCGUCCCAUAUCAGCUGUACAGUGAUGAGUGUGUCGUUAUAGAAGACCCUGAUGCUCCUAACCUCACUCCACCGACGAUCGAGCGGUCCACCUUGGAACUGUUUGAUCCUCACACAUGGGCAGUCGUUGAUGGGCACGAAUUCGAGGAAAAUGAAAUUGUCCUUUGCGUCGAAAGCAUGUUGCUCGGCGAUCGCACCCGGAACGACAAGUUUUUGGUUGUCGGAACCAGUGUCAACCGAGGCGAAGACAUGUCUGGCCGUGGAAAGACUUACGUGUUCGAGGUGGUGCAAGUCGUUGCCGCAGAUGAUCGACCGGAUCGAGCGGACUGGGGGCUGCGUCUGAUUUGUGAGGAAGAGGCCAAGGAGCCGGUGACUGCUAUUGCCGGGAUGGGGUCAUACCUGAUCGCGGCCGAGGGUCAAAAGACCUUUGUCAAAGCGUUCGAGCGCGAGGAGCGGCUCGUACCGGUAGCCUUCCUGGAUGUCAACGUAUACGCGACCAGCAUCAAGACAUUGAAGAAUCUGGUCUUGAUCGGUGACAUGGUCAAGAGCGUAUGGUUUUGCGUUUUCCAGGAAUCACCGUACAAACUUGAUAUCAUUGCGAGGGAUUUCCAAGACGCUUCGAUAGUGUCAGUGGAUUUCUUGAGUGCAGAAGGCAGGACGUCAUUCGUGGCGACGGAUACAAGCGGUAACAUGCGCGUAUUAGAGUGGGACCCCGAGCAGGCUGGAAGUGUCGAGGGAGGAGACCGUCUCUUGCGACGAACGGAAUAUCACUGCGGAGCAGUCAUAACCAAGACGUUGACGGUCGCUCGACGUCGUCCAAACGAGGACAAGUCGGCUACUCAAUCACAAAUCGCGCUCGCCAACGAAUUCGGUGGCCUAAGCACAUUGAUCCCGAGCAAGGCCGCGCGAUUCAAACGUUUGCAAUUACUGCAAGGUCAACUCACCCGAUCUGUUCAGCAUGUUGCUGGUCUGAAUCCGAAGGCGUACCGCAACGUCUACAACCCGCUUGUCCCACGUCAACCGACCAAGACGAUUCUGGACGGACAGCUCUUGUCGACGUACAUCAACCUGCCCAUCAGCCGUCAACGCGAGCUGGCGGAACCGAUCGGGACCAACCGGGAGACGGUGCUGAACGACCUAGUUGAUCUGAGCGGGUUUGGGGCAUUUUUCUAGUGGAGUAGGCUGGCUGUAGGGUAUGGCGUCGUUUACAAUGAGAUAACCAUGUACAAG